UAUAUUUUCGGAUGGUAGCAUGCAAGCAUACGGAGCUUGUGCAUAUGUGAGGUGGCAAACUGGUGAACAUGAAUUUGAGUCACAUCUGAUAGCAGCUAGAAAUAAGAUUGCACCAAUGAAGCAAAUGUCCAUUCCUAGGUUAGAACUAUGUGCAGCUCUUAUGGCUGCUAGACUAAGAGAAUCUAUAUUAAAGGAGUUUACAUGGAAGUUUGAGGCAAUUUACCACAUAGUUGACUCAUCAAUUGUAAGAUCACAAAUCCAAAAGGAGAGUCACGGAUUCAAUACCUUUGUUGCAGUACGCAUAGCAGAGAUACAAAUCAAGACCGACCCAAAGGAAUGGUGGUGGGUCGAUUCAACACAGAAUAUCGCAGACAUGACCUCUAGACCAUGCAAACCAGAGAAAAUUGGAAGAGAAUCUGACUGGCAAAGUGGACCCAAGUUUUUAACUUUACCAACUAAUAGAUGGCCCAUCAGGCAAACUUGUGAGGAUGAGUUAACUGACAGAAUUGGUAUUACCAUGACGGUUAAUAAUGCAAGUCAUGAGAAUUGUGGUAUACAAUUAAUGGAUGUUAAUAGGUAUAGUGACUACUACAAAUUGCUGAGAGUUACAUGUAGGGUAAUGAAUGUAUUCAAAUACAAGUCUUUCAAAGGUAUUCUAAGAACCCCCACAGUUCAAGGGAUUACAGAUGCAGAAAUAUUAUGGGUCAAGGAAAUGCAAAAGAGCAUGACUGAUUGGGAAACAAGGUUCAAAAGAUUGGGACCAUCAGUUGAAAGGGGAAUUAUAGUAGUAGGACAACGAAUUUCUAAGUGGUUGAAAGACAAUUGGAAUCAAGAAAAUUUCAUGUUAAUACCGAAUAAACAUCCUGUUACUAGAUUGUACAUAUCCUGUCUACAUAAAGUAGAUCAUGCAGGUAUAGAGACUACUUUGUGUAAAAUACAGAGGAAGUUCUGGGUUCCGGGAGCUAGAAAAUUAAUAAGAACCAUUAAAAAUAAAUGUGUAACAUGCAGAAAAUUAAAUAAGAAAGUGGAAGAUCAAUGCAUGGGUCAAGUGAGGGCAGAAAGGAUGAAACCUGCUCCACCAUUCUAUCAUACAGCAGUAGAUUUGUUUGGGCCCUUGACAAUAAGAGAUUCAGUUAAGAAGAGAACUUAUGGAAAAGCAUUUGGAAUUAUUUUUAAUUGCUUAGUGACAAGAGCAGUUUAUUUGGAUUUAGCUAUGGGAUAUAGUACUGAUGAUUUCUUAACCACUUUUCAAAGAUUCAUUGCUAUUAGGGGGGCCCCUAAAUUUAUGUAUUCUGAUAGGGGAACUCAGCUAAUAUCAGCUAGUAAGAAAGUAGAGACCCUUGGGAUGGCAAAGGAUAUUAUGGUGUGGCGGAUAAGAUCAUGUGUAGAUCAGUACAUAGAAUAGUAAUGCUGUUGCCAAUAGAAGAACAAGUUUAAGCAUAUGUACCUUGUCCAAUGUAAUCUAGUCCAUGGUAGUCAAUGUGGAGGGGGGGAGUGUAUCAUUAGUAUGAUAGGUAUAUGAAAAAUAAGAAUAUUUAUGUUUAUUUGAUAAUUACGGGUGAGAUGUUACGUUGCACAUCUCGAGUGUUUUUUGUUUACCCAUGAGCCCACGUAUGACGUUGCUGUGCGGUUGAGGCCUCGUGUGUAAAUCCACUUCGCAGGGAAUAUUUGUGUUGUCGACCUUUCACAGAAGUGGCAGUUAUUGGGCACAAGUUUUUACACUCAUGAAGUCAGUGUUAUGUCCAAUGGGCUGUGGAUUGGAUUUGUGCCGUAACUGAGAUUAUACGUGACGGUAACUACUGGGAAUCAUGGAUUGUGAUAGUGUGGCCAUUGAAGUUGAAACUUUGCUCCAAUAAAAGACUGUUGCAGCU